AACAAUACACUUUCCUAUCACACGCUUUGUUGUGAACUCAGCCAUUUAAAAAGUAUUCCACUUGAAGAUGACAGUUUUUAAAGGGAUAAUCCUCUUAGUUACCUCUGGAAGGCAGCAAAGCUAAAUGAGUGUAAAUGAAACAAAGUCCACGAGAAGAAGAAGAAGUUGCGGGAGAAGAGCAGAGAGGGCAGAGGAUGGCGCAACCAUGACGAAGAAGAAGAGGAAAAGGGAAGACCGCAAAAAUUGCUUGUAAUAAAAGUCACAAGUUGUCAUGCGUACUUGUGUUAUCUACGUGUGUAGUUCAAACAAGGCGACAGCACAACAUUGACUCAGAGGAAAACACGUGUGAAAUGUAUUAUUGAGGACGAGUUGAGAAAGCGCCAUGGCAGACUUGAGGACUUUUAACGUGGUCGUGCUGGGUGUGGGAUUUUUGUUCAUCUUUACCGCCUUCACCACCACGGGGAACAUUGAACAAACUGUGGUGAAGAGUCUGGGAAAUAACACUUUCAGUGGAAGUGGAUACCACAGUCUUGGAAUCAUCUAUGGGGUCUUCUCCUUCUCUAAUUUACUUGCUCCAACAGUGGUUGCAGUAAUUGGCCCCAAAUUGACAAUGUUUCUGAGUGGCCUACUUUACAGUGGGUACAUUGCUGUGUUCAUCAUCCCUUCAACAUGGUCUUUUUACUUCACCUCAGUGCUGAUUGGCAUUGGAGCAGCGAUGCUUUGGACGGCUCAAGGACACUUUCUGGUGGAGAACUCGGAGGCCUCCACAAUCAACAGGAACACAGGGAUGUUCUGGGCUCUCUUGCAGUGCAGCAUGUUAUUUGGUAAUCUGUACAUUUACUUUGACUGGAAUGGGAGAACAGAGAUACCAGACAGCAGCAGGAAAAACAUUUUCCUGUCCCUGUUGGUCGCCUCCGUGCUCGGCACACUCAGCUUCCUGGUGUUGAGGAAGAGUCAUCAUGAAGAGGAGUUGCUCUCUGAAGAUGAAGGGCAGUCACUGCUCUCAACCCGUAUGAUGUACAAGCACAGAGCAAACACUGCCCUGCAGGAUGCCAAGACAGAAUUCAAAACCAUCCUGCAGCUUCUGAAGGCUAAAACCAUCCUGCUCCUGAGCCCCUGCAUGGCGUACAGUGGCCUGGAGCUAUCCUUCUACAGUGGAGUGUACGGGACGUGCAUUGGAGCGACAACACACUUUGGAGAAGCAGCGAAAGGCUUGAUCGGGAUCUCUGGGAUUAUGGUGGGAGUCGGAGAGAUAGUGGGUGGAGGCUUGUUUGGAUUGGUGUGCAAGAACAACCGCUUCAGACGGACCUCUGUGGUGUUUCUAGGAAUGGUUGUUCAUUUUGUUGCUUUCUAUUUGAUAUUCCUGAACAUCCCGAGUGAUGCUCCUACCGUCUUUAAAACCACCACCCAAAGGAGCCCAUAUCUCACUCCAAGCGCAUCCAUCGCCUUGCUAUGCAGCUUCCUGCUCGGACUCGGGGACAGUUGUUUCAACACACAGCUGUACAGUAUAUUGGGCCGUGUUUAUGCAGAACAGAGCGCGCCUGCUUUUGCCAUCUUCAAAUUCAUCCAGUCUGUGUUCGCAGCGGUGGCAUUCUUCUACAGCGGUUACCUCCUGCUGAUGUGGCAGCUCCUGAUGAUGGUCGCCCUGGGCUUCACUGGAACACUCUGCUUCUUCGUGGUGGAGAGGAUGCAGAACUUCUCUGCAGAGUUGCAGGAAGAUUAGAAGGAACAGUUGUUUUUGGACAUGCACUUGAUGGUAGAGACUGAGACCACCAGAAAAAAAGAGUCAUUCGAGGUUAUAACAGAUCAUCUCUUUGGUUUGAUGCACUGAAGGUUUUAGAACACAUUCAACUCAAAAGCAACCAAGCUGCCUGAAGAACCAUAUCUGACAGUGUUACAUGGUUAUCAGUCUGAUUGAACCUUGUUCACUUUCAGCUCUAGUUACCUGAUCAUAUCAUAGUUAAUAAUUAACAUUAUUUUCUUUUGCACCUUUGCACCGUUCAUCUAACUGGAGGAUGAUAAAAGUAACUACCCACCCUAACUAAUACUUAUCUACAUCGCUUCACGCUCAGGUUCGUCUUUAAAGAAAUAAUAUUUUUACAUAUUUUGUUUAUCUGUUACUUUGUGUAAGCUGUUUAUAGUUUGUCAGAGUAAUUGACAGUUUGAUAAAUAAGAGAACAGAGAAAAUAAUAAAAUAUUGUUUUGUAACAUUGAACUAAUUAUUGCCUGACAAUCAUUGUCUUUAACUUUUGUAAAUUUUGCAUGUUUUUAGUGCUUUUUACACAAUUUUGUGAAUCUUCGAUGAAUAAAAUUCUUUACAUUUUGCA